GUCCCAAACCCCACAGUGUAUCAGUCAGUGUCAGAGGCAGUGCAGCUCUCUAGUAUCUGCUGUAAGGGACACACUGUAUCAACAUUGCAAAACCCCUGUGCUGAGCGUUUGGGAAAGUUGCUGAAUGGACAGCGGUAGAGUAAGGACUGAGAAAGUGAUUCAAAAAGAGGAAAAUACAUAAGAAGAUUUUGAUCAUACAAGGACAACAUUAUUGGAUUUGAGUUCAUUCUCAACUUUCAAAAUAACCAUGGAACUGUCUCUGGCUCACCCGGCUCUCAAGGCCUUUAUGUGUGGCUCUCUCAGUGGAACAUGCUCCACCCUGCUCUUUCAGCCUCUGGACCUGGUCAAGACCCGCCUGCAGACCCUUCAGAGCAACAUGCAGCCUGGUUCAGCAAGAGUGGGGAUGGUGACUGUGUUCUUAAGUGUUGUACGGACAGAGAAGCUCAUCGGACUUUGGAAGGGGGUCUCACCAUCAUUUGUGCGGACCAUCCCCGGCGUAGGGAUCUACUUCAGCACCUACUACUCUCUGAAGCAGCACUACUUCCUGGAGCAGGGCCCUGGGGCCAUGGAGUCUGUGCUGCUGGGAGCUGGGGCCAGGACUGUGGCAGGGGUCUGCAUGCUGCCUGUCACUGUCAUCAAGACUCGCUUUGAGAGUGGCAGGUAUAACUACGUGAGCGUGGCAGGGGCUCUGCGCAGUGUGUGUCAGACAGAGGGACCCAGAGCUCUGUUCUCAGGGCUGACCGCCACCCUCCUCAGAGAUGCUCCCUUCUCAGGCCUCUAUGUCAUGUUCCACAGCCAGGCCAAGAACACUCUGCCACAGGAGAUAAGCACGUCUCCCUACGCGCCCCUGGCUAACUUCAGCUGUGGGAUUCUGGCCGGGGUCCUGGCAUCCCUGGUCACCCAGCCAGCUGACGUGGUCAAAACCCACGUCCAAGUCAGCCCACAUCUGUACAAGAGGACUACAGACGCUGUGCGAUACAUUUACAUGGAGCACGGGUUUCAAGGGUUCUUCCGGGGCGGGGUGCCACGUUCUCUGAGGAGGACCAUGAUUGCUGCCAUGGCAUGGACGGUGUAUGAACAGUUGAUGGCCCGCAUGGGGCUCAAGUCCUGAGGAGGGAUGACAAAAAGAAGGGAUGACAAGUCCUGAAGAGAGAGAAUGAAAUGAGGAACGUGUGGGGACCGAGGAAGAAAGAGAAAGUCAAGUCACUGAAGGAGGACAAACCAUUACAGUGAGGAGUGCCCUGGAAGGCACUGCUGUGUUUUGUGUCUUAAGACUGCCUAGUUGUGAGAGUGUGCCAAUGGACUUCUUCACUGACAUACAGUAUUCUGCCAUUACAUCAUUAACACAUUGCAUAGAUAUGAUACAUCAAGGACUGGUAUGUAUACUUUGACAGAGAGAUUGGGACUAGUAGUUUUAUUAAAACGUCUGUAUAUUUGAA